CUCAUUCAGUCACUGCUGCUGAGACGAGAAAAUGGCACAGAAAAGAGUUGAGCUGGAUUCAGAGAAAUUAUCUUGUUCAAUCUGUCUGGAUGUAUUGAAGGAUCCAGUCACUACUUCCUGUGGACACAGCUACUGCAUGGAGUGUAUUGAAAGCCACUGGGAUGGAGAGGACCAAAAGAGAAUCUACAGCUGCCCUCAGUGCAGGAAGUUUUUUAAACCGAGACCUGACUUGGAGAAAAAUAUUGUCUUGGCAGAGUUAGUGGAGGACCUGAAGAAGACUGGACUCCAAGCUGCUGCUGCUGGACCUGAAGAUGUAUCCUGUGAUUUCUGCAUUAAGAGGAAGAUGAAGGCUGUCAAGUCCUGUUUAGUCUGCCUGGCCUCUUACUGUAAAGAUCACCUUCAGCCUCACUAUGAGUCUCCACCUUUUAAGAAGCACAAGCUGGCGGCGCCCUCCAAGAACCUCCAGGAGAACAUCUGCUCUCGUCACAAUGAGGUGAAGAAGUUGUUCUGCUGCACUGAUCAGCAGUUGAUCUGUUCUCUCUGCUCUGUGGAGGAACAUAAAGGCCACGACACAGUCUCAGCUGAAGCAGAAAGGACCGAGAGGCAGAGAGAGCUGGAGGUGAGUCGACAAAACAUCCAACAGAGAAUCCAGGGCAGAGAGGAUGAUGUGAUUCUGCUUCAGCAGGAGGUGGAGGCCAUCAAUGACUCUGCUGGCAAAACAGUGGAGGAGAGUGAGAAGAUAUUCUGCAAGCUGAUCUGUCUUAUCAAGAAAAGAAGUUCUGAGGUGAAGCAGCAGAUCACAUCCCAGCAGCAGACUGAAGUGAGUCGAGUCAAAAAGCUUCAGGGGAAGCUGCAGCAGGAGAUCAGUGAUCUGAAGAAGAAAGACGCUCAGAUGAAGCAGCUCUUAGACACAGAGGAUCACAACCAGUUUCUACACAAUUACCCUUCAGUGUCAGCAGUCGUUGAGUCCACACCUUCAUCCAGCAUCAACAUCCGUCCUCGGAUGCUCUUUGAGGACGUGACAGCAUCUGUGUCAGAGGUCAACAAUAAAGUACAGGACAUUCUGAAGAACAUGUGGACAAACAAUCCACCAAGAGCCAUUAAUACAGAAGUUUUACCACCACAACCAGAACCAGAACCAAAGACCAGAGCUGGAUUCUUAAAAUAUUCCCGCGACAUCACUCUGGAUCCAAGCACAGCACACACACUGCUGGCGUUAUCUGAGGAAGACAGAAAAGUAACAGCAGUGAGACAAGAUCAGCCUUAUCCUGAUCAUCCGCACAGAUUCACUGAGAAUCGUCAAGUCCUGAGCAGAGAGUUUCUGACCAGACGUUGUUACUGGGAGAUGGACUUGAGAGGGAUGGGAGCUGUUGUAGCAGUUUCAUACAGGAAUAUCAACAGAAAAUUAGCAUCUAAAAGUGAAUUUGGACAUUCUAAAAAAUCUUGGUCUUUAUUUUGCUCCAGAGACAAUUAUAUAUUUUUGCAUAAGAACAAGAAAAAGCAUCUUUCCUCCAAAAUCGGAGUCUAUCUGGAUCACAGAGCAGGUCUUCUGUCCUUCUACAGAGUCUCUGAAACCAUGACUCUCCUCCACAGAGUCCAGACCACAUUCACUCACCCACUGCAUGCUGGAGUUCAACUUGUAUAUUAUGGAUCUAGUGCUGAGUUCAUUAAACUCAGAUAGACCAAAAAAAAUAAAUAAAUAAAAAAGCAACAAAAAUAGGCUAAAAAUUGUUUACAAUGUUUGACUUAAAUUACACCAUUUUUACUACAUUUAACCCUUGUGUUGUCUUAGGGUCACAAAUGACCCGGUCACUAAGUUUAAUAGCAUAGAAAACCCCAUAAAUGACAUUUUUUCAACUUGAAAUUCGAUGACUUUUCCCUAAAGGACCCCAACAUUAGAAAAAAAUGAAACACUGUCUUUGUUUAAAUUUUCAUCAAAGCUGUGCAUCACCAGGAUACAAAGAUUGUCUUUUGGUCAUUGUUGACCCGGCAGUUAAAAAUCACAGUCACAGCGGACUAAAACACACACACCUCUAAAACCACAAUGACAUACACAGGCACACACAUGCACAUGCGCACACAAACACACACACACACAAUGAAAAAUUUUGAUUAUGCGUGCUACAGAUUGAUCUCAGAUAACCUUGAACUUCUACAUGUAGGUACAUCAUUGCCCAUCCAUGACCCCACAUGAUUGAAGUUCAGAGUGUUACUGCUGUGGCCAUAUUUUGUAAUAUUGUUUGUAGUUUGGAUCUGUUUUGUUGUCUGGAAGUGAGUGUUCUGUCUUUGUGUAGAUCUUUGCUUCUUCAUGAAAAAUAGAUUUUGGGUUGAAAACUCAAUGAAGCUGCUUUGAUUUAGAGGCUCAGUGGAGGUGGGUCAUUUCUGACCCUUAAGACAAGGAGAGUGUUGGGGAUGUUAAGACCACAUGAGGGACAAUCAGCAACAAAUGUAAUGAUUUGUGUUAUUUGAAAGCAAAAUUUUGUCUAUUAAGGAAUGAAAGAUGGUCAAUAAUUCUUUCAAUUGCAAUUUUUCCAGUUUUAUUAAAUUACAGAUAAUAUCUAGUAAAAUGAAAAUGUAUAUAAAAAACAUAAAGAAACAGGCAAAAACUGUACAGAACAUCCACAUCAAAAAUGUGUAUUUUUACAAAUAAUAAUUUGUUGUACAAUAUUAGACUACAAAAUAUUUUUAAGUUGUAUUUGAAUCAACAACAACAAAUAACCAUUAUGUUACUGAUAUUGUCCAUUAUUUUAAUGAAAAAUUAUGUAUAUUAAGGAUUGAGAAAUGGUUUAGAACUAUUGGUAUACUGAUUUGUUAAAUUCCAGACAAUAUUCAGUAAAACUCCUCACUGAACUCUGCAGGUCAGUGUAUUUUUACAUUUGUACGUUUGUAUUAUUCACAUGUGCUGGUUUUGGGAUGUGUUUUGCACAUUAUAGUCAUUCCUUAAUGUGAAUUUUCAGGAUUUAUUUGCUGAGUUUGUGUUUUGACGUUUUCAUUUUUAAUUUGUUGAUAAUUUUGGCUGUUGGGCUCUUAAUAUUUAUGGAAUAUAAUGUGAAAAGAUAGAUAUUUGGGGAAUUUGGAAAUUUGUUAUUGGUCUUUAUGUCUAGAGCUUUGACUUUACUUUUUCAUUGUCAGUGAAGUGGAAUAUAUCAUUAAUGUACAACAUUUCUAUGCCAGACUUUUGACAAGUACUUUUUUGUUUGUAAGGUCCAGGGUGUUAGUUUUUAUUUUAAAUCAUUGUAUAAUAAAUAAUAAUGUAUCAGAAUCAACAUUAGUACUAAUCACUGACACAUCACACAGUGAUGAUAAUUUUAAAAAAUAAAAAUAAAAAAUCGCCACAUUUUAUGGAAAAUGUAUAUUUACUUUACUUUUAUUUAGUUUUUUAAAACAACAGCAUUAUGUAAACAAACUGGCAUUUGACAGUUAAAAUCUUCUAAAUUAAGUAAUAUUCUGGAGUUAUGAUGAGGACUAAUGUUGGUUAAAAAUGUAGUAAGUGAAAAUGGGAGAAAAUGUUAUAACAUAUUUUUUUGACAAGAAAUACUUUGUCUUGAGGGUGGUAU